CUCAACAAAUUUCACAAAAUUUUUAUUUCUACUGUUAUCGAUUCAAUUACAAAAGAAGAAACACAGAUAAAUGGCAAUUCCUGCAUAUGCAAAUAUUCAUUGGGAUGGUAAUAUUAUAAAUAAUUGCAAUGGUUAUGAUUAUGAAGGAGGUUUUUCAAAGAUUAUCCCAAUGGGUAAACGGAUAAGUUUUAAUCAAUUGGUUGGUAAAAUAGCUCGUGCAAUUGGAUUAUCCGAUAAUAAUGAAUUUAUUGAGACUAUUAGUUUUAGGAAGCCUACAAUUGUGGAUGGAUCCUUACAAUUUGAGUGUAUGGAGAUAUGGGGUGAAGAUGAUUUAUCAAAUAUGUUUAAUUACUUGUACCAAAUUGGUGGCAUACCAGGUAUAGAAAUAUAUGUUAAGAUACUUCGUAGUGUUGAUACUACAAAUAAGGAUGAUGAUAUUGGUCCAUCUGGAACUGCUGUUGAAUCAAAUGAUGAACCAUGUGAAGAGCAAAAUAUUGUUGAUGAUUACGCUUUAUCUGAUAGUUUUGCAGGGCCGUCAAUUAAUAUUUCUGAUACAGUGGAGAAUGAGAACGAGUACGAGGAUGAGGACGAGGAUGAGGAGGACGAUGAUUCAUGGAUGUCUACUGAGGAUGAUGAGGAUGAUAAUUGUCAGGAGGAUAUUGGGAGUGAGUCUCGAUAUUACAACACACAAUUUUCUAAUCCCAUUGUGCCUGUUGUUCAUCCUCCCCCAUACGCAGAAAUAGACUUUGAUUUGCUGAGGGUGGAUCCUUAUGAUAAGCCAGAAGGUCGUUACUUUUGGGAUCCAUCUAAAGAGUUUUCAGUUGGGAUGAUAUUUUCAUCGAGAGACGCAGUGGCGGCGGCUGCAAAAGAAUAUCAUCUAAGACAUCAUCAUCAAUUUUGUUAUCAUGACACAAGAUCUAAGACGUAUUCUAUACAGUGUAAAGACAAAGACAGUGGAUGUGCAUGGAGGCUUCGAGCAUCCAAGAAAGAAGGAGAUGAUGUAUGGAAAAUCACGAGAUACAGUGGACCGCACACAUGUACAAAUCCUCAGUUGACAAAAAACCACAGCCAAUUGGAUGAGAAUUUCAUUUGUUCGUUCAUAUUUGCAUUAGUUGAACAACAGCCGGAUAUAAAAAUUGCUGCACUACAAGCUGAAGUGCGGGAUAAAUAUGGGUAUGAGCCUUCUUAUAAGAAAACAUGGAAAGCUAAGCAGAAGGCAAUCGCAAGGCUUUAUGGGGGUUGGGAUGAAUCAUACAAUCGUUUGCGUAGAUUCAUGACUGCUCUUCAUCAUUUCAAUCCAGAAACAGUAUACAUGAUUGAAGAUAAUCCACAUUGGAUUAAUGAACGAUUAAAUCCGAUGUGUCGUAUAUUUGAUCGUAUGUUUUGGGCUUUUAAGCAAUCGAUCGAGGGAUUUAAACAUUGCCGACCUGUUAUCUCAAUAGAUGGCACAUUCUUGUACGGAAAAUACACCGGGUGUAUACUGUGUGCAACCGCACUUGAUGGAAAUAAUCAACUAUUUCCAUUAGCUUUUGCCAUUGUUGAUAAGGAGGACGGUGACAAUUGGUCAUGGUUUCUAGAUUGCUUAAGGAUAUUUGUGACCACUCGAGAAGAUUUGUGUGUAAUUUCAGAUCGCCAUGCUGGAAUUCUUAAGUCAAUGCAGAAAGAUUGGUGGCAACCUCCAGCUGGUCAUCAUCGUUACUGCAUCAGACAUGUCCUGAGCAAUUAUAAUAAGACAUUCAAAAAUGCAGCAAUAAAGGAAGCGUUGCGCAGGGCAGCAAAUGAAAAUCAGAAAAUAAAGUUUUAUGAGGCAAUGACCAACAUUCGGGAGGUGCACCCAGAAUCAUACGAUUGGGCGAUUAAGAUAAAUUUAGAUAAAUGGACGAGAUCCCACGAUGGUGGACAGAGGUAUGGCGUUAUGACAACGAACAUGGCAGAAUCACUCAAUGUGUGUCCAUUACUUUGA